AUGGACGACGACGAUGGGCUGAUGCUUAACUUUGCGCCUGUCGCAGCCUCGCCCUCUAAACGCCCAAAGCAGACAGCCAAGGCUCGAUUCGCUCAGAAGAGGACUGCGCAACAGCAAAGGAGGCAAGCUGUCAAUGGAAUCUCUGAGAACAGUGUUGUAGCUACAGCUUAUGCUUCUCCCCCCGCUCAGGCAUCAAGUAGAUCAGCAACAUCAACCGACUCGACAAGAGCAAAGUCUCGACCAGCAGCUUCGUCCACAGGUCUGGCAGCUCCUCGAUUCGACCCUCGAUCAAUCCCUUCUGUCUCUUCUGUCUCUUCUGCCUCUUCUGCCUCUUCUGCACAAGCCAAGGCAUCUACUGCUGCCCGCCCUGGCUCCUCAGCACCAAAGUCAAGCAGCAACAGUGGCAAAGUCAGUGCGCUCUUUCCUUCGCACGGAGUGCUCGAACACUCUGACUCAGCUCCUAUUCCCUCUUCACGCCCGGUCUACGAUCCGACGAAUGCCCCUUCAGCAGGCUCCGAUUUCUCCUCAUGCGGUCUCGAUCCUCUGCUCGUCUACCAUCUCGAAUCAAAGAUGAAAGUAGGAUCCAACCCGACGCCCAUCCAAAGAGCGGCUCUUCCGCAUCUCUUACAUCAAUCUCUCGACCGCGAUAUCCUCAUCCAAGCACAGACCGGUUCGGGCAAAACGCUCACUUAUCUCCUCCCCAUCGUGCAAAGCCUCUUGCCACUCUGCCAAGAAUCGUUCAUCGACAGAUCCGUCGGCACGCUGGCUAUCAUUCUCGCUCCUACGCGUGAACUUGCUCGUCAGAUCUACCAAGUCUUGGAAAAGCUCGUUUCGCUCGCACUCAGUCUCAAGGAGCAGAGCCAAGGUGGAGAUGGUGCGGUGAGGAGGACUCGAUGGCUCGUGCCUGGUUUGCUCUCUGGUGGCUCCACCAAGAAUCACGAGAAGCAGAGAUUACGAAAAGGAUGCCCGAUCCUAGUCUCGACUCCAGGACGCUUGUUGGACCAUCUGCAGAACACAUCCAGCUUUGAUGUGGGUAAAUGCCGUUGGCUUGUGCUCGAUGAAGCCGAUCGCUUGCUCGAGAUGGGUUUCGAAGAACAGCUUGGUGGUAUCGUUCGUGCUCUUGAUGGUCGUCGUAACCUCGCCUGCACUGCUGCACGUCAAGCCAUGCCAGGCUAUGAGCAAGGAACAGCACCUGGUCAUCUCGAUUGGAUCCCAGAUCACGAGGUCGUGGACACUCUCGGUAUCACCUGGUGGGCGCACCCAAGGCGCGUUGUACUCUGUUCGGCAACGCUCGAUGAAAACGUACAGGUUCUGGCUGGUAAGACUUUGGUCAACCCCAGGAUCAUCCGCGGUAUCAAGGACGACACUCCCGAAACCAAGCAGGAUGCAUCUGCAUCACCUCACGCUACCACCGCCGACGAGCCGAGUAGCGGGCCGAACAAGUUCGCCGCACCUGCACAGCUCGCUCAGAGCUUUGUUGCCACUCCACCCAAGCUUCGACUUGUCACGCUUCUCUCUCUCUUGCGUGCAUACAUCUCUCGCGCACGUCGAUUAUCUGAACAGGCUCACCUAUCCAUCCGCCAAACAGGUGCUGGUCGAGUAAUCGUCUUCAUCAGCUGCACAGACUCGGUCGACUUCCACUACGCCGCACUCGGAGGAGCCAAGAUGAUGGCCGAAGAAAACGAUCCCAACGCUCCCGAAGAAGCUCAAGACGACAAGUUUGCCGCCCACGCCACAUGCGAACUCAUCCCUGGCAUCCCUAUCUUCCGCCUUCACGGUUCGAUGAGCCAGCAAGAACGUAUUGCCUCCCUCAAAGGUUUCUCUGGCACCGCAACCAAGAAACAAGCCCAAAACAUUACCCAGCAGGGCGGAUUCCAGGGAAGCAUCUUGCUGUGUACCAGUGUAGCCAGUCGUGGUUUGGACUUGCCUGAUGUUGGAUGUGUCGUUCAACUCGACCCACCGACGGAAGGUGGGGUUGAAGAGUACCUCCAUCGAGUUGGUCGAACAGCUCGUGUGGGUAGACGAGGGGAGAGUUGGCUCAUGGUUCUACCGCAAGAGCUUGGUUGGAUCGAUAACGUCCUCGAGCCACACAUGACCAUCCAGGGUCCUACCUCGAACGAUGCUCUCAUCGAAUCCAAGAACAAAGGCUACGCUAGAAAGAUCAGCUCAGCAUCGAUUGAGCUUAUCCUUCAGCAAGGUUUUGGCGGAACAUCAGGUACAUUGGAGUACCAGUCUCGAGCAACUGGAGUUCAACUUGCUUUCGAACGAUGGGUUAUCUCUGGCGAACGACCGAGUUUGCUUGCGCGGAAAGCAUUCCUCUCGCAUGUCAGAGCUUAUGCUACUCACUCUGCGGAGGAGAAACAGUACUUCAACGUUCGUGCUCUUCACCUUGGACAUCUAGCAAAAGCUUUCGCUUUGCGUGAAGCACCUCGUUCUCUCGGUGCUAUAUCUUCUGCCAUCGCUGCUACAUCCACUGCCAUCGUUGCAAAGCAAGCCAAAACAAACAUCAAACGAAAAGCACACUCGGAAUCAUCAGACUCGCACUCCGACUCAGAAGAGCAAGAUGGAGGAUCAGACUACGAAAGCUCGCGCAAAAAGCAAAAGGGAGACGCUUUCGAACUUGGUAAAGACGCACUGGCAAAGCUUACUGAAAGCAUCAUUGCGAAUGUAGAUGGUUCGAAUAGAAGUAAGAAGCUGGCCAAAGAAGCUGCAAGGGCUGCGGCGGCGGCCGGGGUGGCGGGUGAAAAGGCAAAACAGACCGAUGCAGAGUCGAGAAUGUAUGCAAAGGUCAGAGCGUUGGGUAAGAUGAGUAAGAAACAUGGUGUGUUGGGUGCUCAUGGUGCGGAUGAGUUCCAGAUUGCCUAG